CCCCUGCGCCGCGUCAUACUUGUAUCUAUUGGUUCCCGUGUUUGUGUGCCACGGCUGCGCCUGCAGAACUAAAAAGAGAAGCACUCAAAAAACUGCGAGCGAUCAUGGGCCUUCCAUCUUCGUCGGUGUAUGUACUUUAUCGCCGCUGCAAACUAAAUCUUUGUGACCACGCAAAACAGACCUCCCUUUCUGAAGGAGUUUUAGUGAUUUCCUGUUCUCAGUAUCAGAUUGAGUAACCCGCCGCCGCGUCUUCGCGUUUUUUCCAGUACUUAAAAGAUGUCGUCAAAACUUGUCGCAGGAUUUUCAACUUACAUCAGACCCGAUUCAAUGAUAUUUUUUCCGUGUACUUACUCUUAUAUAUUGUUGCUCCGUUUCACCAUCGGUUAAUUUCACAACCUAGACCCAUCUCUAUUUUAGGAGUUCGUUUCAAGAAAUAGUUUUUUUCCUUCCCGAAUUUAUCAGAAAUCAUGUCUGCUUCUUCCGGCAUCGAAUGGCCCGAGAGUUGUGGUGGCAAGACGACCGUGGUCGCAAAAGGUGUCUGGCAGAAGUGUGCUGAAGCCGGUGGCGACGCUGCUUUGGCGGAAGCAAUUAAAAACGAAAAAAACUGGCGUUUCGGUUACCCUCCACACAUUCAUUAUGGUUUGUUACUGUGGAAUAGAAUCACAGGUUGACGUCUGGUGAUUAUUGAUUAUAUUUAUAGGUUCCAUCGUCCACAGGGCCUCCCUCAUCCCUGGUACAUAUAUACGUUUAAACUUUGUGUUCUUGCUUACAGGUUGUCACUGAUCUGGACAUCGAUUUGAGCGUUGAGUUGUUUCGAUUACCUUUCAAUUCUUCUUAACCAAGAGUAGCAUACCUCUUUUUCAAAUUCCGCGCAUAGCCGAACUGCUGACUACAGACAAAGCGAGUGCGAUAUGUGCCGCAGGGUUGCGGGAACUGCGAGAGCAAUUGGCGUUCAGGUCAGAAGGCAAAGUUUGCUCUCUCGCGGAACUAGCAGAAAAAGAACCAUCGACAACAAGUUUAUGCUGUUCUGUUUUGUUGUCUGUUUUGAGGUCAACAUUUAGUGUCCAUCUCUCUCGGCAUCUCGGUACCCUUUUGUUCCCCUGUAUUCUUCUCAUGAAUAUUACAAGGUGUAAGGGACCCCAAGAAAAGGGACCCGGCCGAGAUGCAAUCGAGCCGCAGCCUCAUACUGUUUUUGGUAAUUGUAUUGUUGUGGAUGUAGAGAUGACCACGUGGUUGUCCCCCUUCCACAUUCAUAAGGUGGCUAUUUCACGACGACUGCUGUCAAUGGCAAGCUGAAGGAAGCGGCCGCGCCAGGAGUUCCUUAUGGCAGCAAUUUGUCGGGCGCGGCUCUGGAAAAACAGUUGGGAGAGUGGGCAAGCAAAGGUACUGCUGUUGAUUAAUGUCGAAGUUGGAGCUAACAUAAAUCGAAUUCUACAUAAAUCGAAAUCCACAUUAUAAAGCUCAAUCUCAGCAUCUACACAGCCACUUCAACAACAGCAGCUCCAGACCCACGGAACCGGAAGUAAGUAAUUAGUCUUCGCAGGAACAUGCCCCUUCUCAUCAUCCGAUGAUUACGUUUUGUACAAAAAAGAUACCAUCUUCCCAUGCUCGAAAUUGAACUCCUACUGCUACACUUCUAAGGAGUUCAUUCUUCCACAAAGAAAAUAGAAUCAUCUACUCCUGCUUCUGCAACUUCCACGUCCAAACAAAAGGCACGUGCGAAGGCGACGUUCCUGGUCGGAUAAUGGAAGGUAUGAAAAAAUCUGGGGAAAUUUCCGGCAAAUGGUUUGUCUUGCUUGGUGCCGGAUCGGAGAUGGGUCCGUUGCAACCGCUCUUGCAAAAUGGUGCGAACGUGUUGGCAGUAAGGACGCGGAGGCCGAAAGAGUGGGCAGAGAUUAUGCUAUUCGUUGUUGAUGAGGUCUCUUGGCAACUUCGUACAGAAGUUGUAAGUACUGCUGGGUCCUCACAUCAUCACCGAGCAGAUUGAGCAGUAGUUGUAGUUUCUAAUAUUUUGAAAAAAUUCACGGAGAACGAGACGUGCGGAAAGCUUUUUAUUCCAGUGGACAAGAGCGGAGCGGAAGGCGCUGAUAUAUUAAAAGAACCACUCGAAAUCCGAGAUUGGGUUUUAGCAGUUUUGAAAGUUAUGUUCUUUUUGGUUGGAGUCAUUCGUGUGUCGGUUCCUCAAGUGUGUAUGCUAACUUCGCUAUUGCGGGGAUGCUUAGGUGCUCUGGGGUUACUGGCGUAACCAAUGCUAAAGUGUUUAAUUGAAGUACCGGAGCUUCGCUACUUCUAACAACCAACACGCCGCAAACCUUCAAGACGUAACCGUAGGAAUGUACACUUAUUUGGACUCUGAAGCUCACGUCCGGGUCACCAUGGGCUGUGACAUCAUCAUGGAAGGAAUUCAGAAAGCGUUGAAGGGGGUGAAGGUCUUAGUUUUUUUUUGUUGGAAUGUCUGAGAUAAACUCUUUUGUUAUGGUCUGACAUCAAACCUCUACAUUCUAUCGUCGUCGCAACACUAGUUAGUACCACACUAAAAUGGUUCAAAAAUAUUUCAUAGGUCCGCCUCGCAUACCUCUGUACGAAUUCUAUGCCUUUGCCGAUUGGGAAGGAAGCCUACGAUUCGGUCGAAAAAAAUCGAAAUUUGGCAGGCUUAUGGGCCAGGGGCACCGGAUGUCCAUCUCCCGCACUCUCAGAUUGCGGUGACGGACUUUAUCUUUAUCUUACGGGAUGAAGGAUACUCUUUAAAAAUCUGAUUGUUCCUCGACUUUUUUUUUUGAAUUCGUUCAUAGUACUAAACAACUAGAAAUACUAAUUUCACUGUUCCUUUUUAAUCUGUGAUUGACUGAUUAUUUUUACACGAAGAUGUCUUCUUAGUUACCAGUUUUUCUGGUUUACUCGUUAUUCUUGCUCUAAAUUUUACAGUAUCGUGGUUACGCAGGGACCAAAUUACAUGCUUGCGAAAAUGGCGCAGUUGUGGCGAGCAAUGCUUUGUGGUAUCUUGAUACCUUUUUGAUGAAAUGAGAGAUCAUUAUCCACCUAUCACAGAUUACGCUUCUUCUCUUCUUCAUUCACGUAACUACAAAUGUCCACCUCCCACAGAUUAUGCCUCCCUAAACGUCGCACCCGCUUGUUACACGUUGAGCGUGACGCACUCAGCAACGAUGAAAUAUCUGCUGAACGCGAUGCAUUUGUUGCCACCCAACGAAAGCUUAUGGUGUGUUGUUUCAUGGUGAUCAGGUUCCUCAUGGUGACUACUACAUAAUUAUCAUGAUAACUACCUCGGGUCACAACGGAACCAGGCAGUUACUUGUAACUGCUACGUGGUUCAAAUGAAUGAAUGAAUACCUGAUAGAAAUUAGUUGAAAUACGUUUCUUCAUGUUCAUGGUGACUGUUGCUACGUGCCUACCACUACUGCUACCACUUUUUAUGCUCACUACACACCCGUCUUUAUCUUCCUCUAAGAUGCUUCGACCCCAAAGCGGCGAAGUGGCUUUUGUUUUACUUGCUCUGCUACGAUUGCUUGGCUGGUGGUGACGUGGUGCCGAAGAAACGACCUGUCGAAGUUGCCCUGACAGGGAGCUUCCAUGGAGGUGCAUUGCGAUGCGGAUACAACAUUGAAGCCAGCAAGGCACUUUCUGGUAUGUUGUACUUCUACGGACGCAUGUUUUCCGAAAGUGGACCGAAGAAGGCGGAAUAAAUUUUUUGAGGAAGUUUAUCGUGUGCGGUUCUAGUUGCAGCGGUUCUGUUUACGAAAAGAUCUUGCGAUACAACUGAGUGCUGAAGAUCAACGUGAACCUGCCGAAGAUCCGCAAGGACAGAACAACUUCUGCUAUGUGCAUGGGGGACAACCACAACAAGAGCAUUCUGAGGGGUGUAACAUUUUUCCAUGGGAGUAACAUGAGGAAGUACAACAUCGAGACGUCAAUCUUAGGGAGGAUUCAACACAUUGUGGUCUUCAAAGAAAACCAAGAGGCUUACGGGAGACCCAGAAAAAAGCACAGACAUCUACGCAGUGCACAUUUCCAUGGAUUUUGCUCUGUCAUCUUUUCCAUUUUUCUAGAAUGCCGGCUCUUUUGCCAAUUGGUGAUGAG